AUUGCGCAGAAAACAAAUUAUCAUGGCAGAUUAUAGUAGGACCAUCUAUAUGACAAGGUCCAUUAUUUUGCUUUUUACAUGACAAACAUAUUAAACCUAAAUAAUAUUUUGAAAACUGAAACUAUACUUAAUAAUCUAUUUACACUGGUUGAUCUUUCCUCUCUAUCAAAGCAAAGAGUUAUAGCCACUUUACCAUUGCAUAAGAAAAAACAGAGAUUGUGUCAAAAAAAAAAAACAGAGAUGAGUAACUUAGCAGAGAGUAUUAAGCCACAUGCUGUGUUGAUUCCAUAUCCACUUCAAGGCCAUAUCAAUCCAAUGUUCAAACUUGCAAAACUACUUCAUCUUAGAGGCUUUUACAUAACCUUUGUUAACACUGAAUACAAUCACAAACGCUUGCUCAAAUCAAAAGGUCUUAAUGUUCUCGACGGUUUCACUGAUUUUAGCUUCGAGACAAUUCCAGAUGGUUUAACAUCAAUUGAUGGUGAUGGUGAUGAUGAUGUUACUGAAGACCUGGACUCUCUUCGUGACUCAGUCCGAUCAAACCUCAUCCAACCGUUUCGCGAACUUCUUGAUAGACUUUACGACUCUGCCACUUGUGGUCUUAUUCCUCCGGUUACUUGUUUAGUAUCUGAUAGUUUCAUGUCAUUUACCAUACAAGUUGCCGAAGAACUUUUGCUCCCAAUUGUUCUCCUUUAUACUUGUAGUGCUUGUACUUUCUUGUUGGGUUUGCACUUUCGGACAAUGAUUGAGAAAGGUCUCAUACCACUCAAAGAUGAAAGUUAUCUGACAAACGGAUAUUUAGACACUAAAGUCGAUUGGAUUCCAGGUUUGCGAAACUUUAGACUGAAAGAUCUUACUAGUUUUAUAAGGACUACAGAUCCAAAUGAUUUGAUGUUAGAAUUUAUCAAUGAAGCGGUAGAAAGAUUUCAUAGAGCAUCUGCUAUUGUUAUAAAUACUUCUGAUGAACUUGAGAGUGAUGUUAUGAAUGCUCUCUAUUCUAUGUUUCCUUCUCUAUACACUAUUGGUCCUUUUGCUUCAUUUUUAAAACAAAGUCCACAGAAUCAAUUGUCGUCGUUUGAUUCCAAUCUUUGGAAAGAAGAUACUAAAUGUCUUGAAUGGCUUGGAUCGAAAGAAAUGGCAUCGGUUGUUUAUGUAAAUUUCGGAAGCAUCACAAUUAUGUCUGAAGAGAAAUUGUUAGAGUUUGCUUGGGGUUUGGCCAAUAGCAAAAAACCUUUUUUGUGGAUCAUUAGACCUGAUCUUGUCAUUGGUGGCUCGGUUGUUUUAUCAUCCGAGUUUACGGAUGAAAUUUCAGAUAGAGGCCUAAUAGUCAGUUGGUGUCCACAAGAGAAAGUGUUGAACCACCCUUCAAUCGGUGGAUUCUUGACUCAUUGUGGAUGGAACUCAACUACGGAAAGCAUAUGUGCCGGAGUUCCAAUGUUGUGUUGGCCAUUCUUUGGUGAUCAACCAACAGAUUGUAGAUUUAUUUGCAAUGAAUGGGAGAUUGGAAUUGAAAUCGAUACAAAUGUGAAAAGAGAGGAGGUCGAGAAGUUGGUUAAUGAAUUGAUGGUUGGCGAGAAAGGAAAGAAGAUGAGGAAAAAGGCCAUGGAAUUGAAGAAGAAGGCAGAGGAGGACACAAGACCUGGUGGUCGUUCAUACAUGAACUUAGACAAAGUUAUUAAGGAGGUAUUGCUUAAACAAAACUAAAGAUUAAAGUGAAAUUUAAUUUGAUUUUGCAAGAAGUGUUGUACUAGAUAGUUAAUUGAUCUUCUCUUGUUAAAUUUAAUUCUAUGACUAGCAAAAAAAUGUAUUGUUUAAAAAAGUUAUAUGUAUGUGUAAGCUAUCACAAACCUUGUAUUUUGCAGUAUGCACUGUUUUAAUAUCCAUAGAGAUUAACACCAUGUGAAGUUUUAUAGAAUUUUCAUAUGGCUUGUUUUUGCUAUGUUACGAGUGGAUGUUCUUGUUCAUGCUGUUAAAGGAAAGUCUCUUUUGUUCUUUAUGUGAU